AUGCGGGUUCUUAGCGGGCGCUACGGGGACGGCUGGGGGCCCAGGGGGCCCGCGGAGCCGAGAGAAACUGCGCUCGGUGCCUCCAUCAUCUUCUUCUUGCUGCUGCUUCUGCUGCUGCUGUUGCUGCUCCGGUCCAGGCGGCAGGCCCGCUUCCCCCCAGGCCCUGCGGGGCUGCCUUUCAUUGGCAACAUCUUUUCCCUGGCCGCCUCCUCGGAGCUGCCACACGUCUACAUGGAGCAGCAGAGCCGCGUGCAUGGCCAGAUUUUCAGCUUAGAUCUCGGAGGUUUGUUCACUGUGGUCCUGAAUGGCUAUGAUAUGGUAAAAGAAUGUCUUGUUCAUCAAAGUGAAAUUUUUGCUGACAGACCUGCCCUUCCAUUGUUCAAGAAGUUGACCAAAAUGGGAGGUUUGCUCAACUCUACCUAUGGCCGGGGCUGGCUAGACCAUCGAAGGCUAGCCGUGAACAGCUUUCGCUGCUUUGGCUCUGGUCAGAAAUCCUUUGAAUCCCAAAUUGCCGAAGAAGCCAAAUGCUUCAUUGAUGCUGUGGAUACGUACCAAGGGAAACCCUUUGAUCUUAAACAGUUGAUAACCAAUGCUGUUUCAAACAUCACCAACAUGAUAAUUUUUGGAGAACGUUUUUCCUAUGAAGACACUGAAUUUCAGCACAUGAUUGAGAUCUUCAGUGAGAAUGUGGAGUUGGCUGCCAGUGCCUCAGUCUUCUUGUACAAUUCUUUCCCCUGGAUUGGCAUCUUCCCCUUUGGAAAACACCAACAACUUUUUAAGAACGCUGCUGUGGUCUAUGAUUUUCUCUCUAAAAUUAUCGAAAAGGUAUCUGCCAAUAGGAAGCCACAGUCACCUCAGCAUUUUGUAGAUGCCUAUUUAGAUGAGAUGGACAAAGGGAGAACUGACCCAGGCUCCACAUAUUCCAAAGAAAACCUGAUUUUCUCUGUGGGAGAACUCAUCAUCGCCGGAACAGAAACAACCACCAAUGUACUAAGAUGGGCAGUUCUUUAUAUGGGCCUUUAUCCUAACAUUCAAGCGCAAGUUCACAAAGAGAUUGACUUAAUUGUGGGUCCCAACAGGACACCUUCUUUGGAGGACAAGUCUCAAAUGCCAUAUACAGAGGCAGUUCUGCAUGAAGUUUUGCGGUUCUGUAACGUCGUCCCACUAGGGAUUUUCCAUGCAACUUCUCAAGAUACAGUCGUACGGGGUUAUUCCAUUCCUCGAGGCACCACAGUGAUUACCAAUCUUUAUUCUGUGCACUUUGACAAAAAGUACUGGAAAGACCCAGAAGUAUUUUAUCCGGAGCGAUUUCUGGACAGCCAAGGGCAGUUUGUCAAGAAAGAAGCACUGGUUCCUUUCUCACUAGGAAGAAGACAUUGUCUUGGAGAACAGCUGGCCAGGAUGGAAAUGUUUUUGUUUUUUACAUCAUUGCUUCAGCGAUUCCACUUACAUUUUCCACCCGACUUAGUUCCAACUCUCAAGCCCAAAUUAGGCAUGACAUUGCAGCCACUGCCGUACCUCAUCUGUGCAGAAAGACGGUAGUGGUCACAUCUGGCCAAAAACCAGAUAAUAUGAAGACUGGGAUAUUCAGACUCUGAAAGGUCCCGGCAGAAUUUGAGCGAAUGUGAUAUUAUCAUUACUUUAUUUGAAACAAACAAUUUUCAAAAGUCUAAAUUGAUCAAAUCUGGCCUCAGACAAUUCCUUGAUGUGUGACCCUGGGCA